AAGACGGUUAAUUAAACCCCACAUAUUUAGGCUCCUUCCCUAUAACGCCCAAACCUCGGCGAUGAGAUGAAAGCCAGACUCAUUCGAACCGCCAUGUCAAGUGCCACACUGUUGUCUUCAUCUCUUGCUCUCAAGAACCCUUCCUUCCACUUCUCCUCCACCUUUUCUACUCCUUUCAAUGGACGUCUUCUCAAGAAUCAGCUCCCCUGCCCAAUUCGCUUCCCUGCCGUUUCGCUUCGAUGCUAUGCAUCUUCUUCUGGUGUUGAUCGAGUGCGCGUCUUGAAUCCUGUUGUCGAAAUGGACGGUGAUGAAAUGACGAGGAUCAUAUGGACAAUGAUAAAAGAGAAACUUAUUUUCCCGUUCCUGGAUUUGGAUAUAAAGUAUUAUGACUUGGGGAUACUGAACCGGGACGCUACUGAUGACAGAGUUACUGUAGAGAGUGCAGAAGCCACUCUUAAGUACAAUGUUGCUGUAAAAUGUGCUACAAUCACUCCAGAUGAGGCCAGAGUUAAAGAGUUUGGACUUAAAGCCAUGUGGAGAAGUCCCAAUGGCACAAUUAGGAACAUUCUUAACGGUACCGUCUUCAGAGAACCUAUCUUAUGCCAAAACAUCCCGAGAAUUGUUCCUGGUUGGAAGAAGCCCAUAUGUAUUGGUAGGCAUGCUUUUGGUGAUCAAUACCGUGCCACUGAUACCAUCAUCCCAGGGCCUGGAAAGCUUAAAAUGGUGUUUGUUCCAGAAAAUGGGGAGACACCAAGAGAGCUCGAGGUUUAUGACUUCAAAGGACCAGGCAUAGCACUUGCUAUGUACAAUGUUGACGAGUCUAUUCAAGCAUUUGCAGAGUCAUCAAUGUCACUGGCAUUUGAGAAGAAGUGGCCCCUGUAUUUGAGCACCAAAAAUACAAUUCUCAAGAAAUAUGACGGCAGGUUUAAAGACAUAUUUCAAGAAGUGUAUGAGGAGAAGUGGAAGCAGAAGUUUGAAGAAUAUUCGAUAUGGUAUGAACAUCGGCUUAUUGAUGAUAUGGUAGCCUAUGCUGUAAAAAGUGAAGGUGGAUACGUUUGGGCUUGCAAAAAUUAUGAUGGGGACGUUCAGAGUGAUUUGCUUGCACAAGGAUUUGGUUCUCUGGGGCUAAUGACUUCUGUAUUGUUGUCAUCUGAUGGGAAGACGUUGGAAGCUGAGGCGGCUCAUGGCACUGUAACACGGCACUACCGAUUACAUCAAAAGGGACAAGAAACCAGUACAAAUAGUAUUGCUUCUAUUUUUGCAUGGUCACGGGGGCUUGAGCAUAGGGCCAAGCUAGAUCAAAAUGAGAGGCUACUGGAUUUUGUUCAGAAGUUGGAGGCUUCAUGCGUUGAGACAGUGGAAUCUGGGAAAAUGACCAAGGAUCUUGCCUUACUGAUACACGGACCCAAGGUAUCAAGGGAGUUUUACUUAAACACAGAGGAAUUUAUUGAUGCCGUAGCACAGAAUCUGGUGGCAAAACUCCAGCGACCUCCUGUAAUGGUCAACUAAAUGACUAGUUAUUGAAGAUGGAGAUUUGAUUUCCAGAUCCUUUUCAUAUUCGUCCACGAGCAAGGGCUGUUUAUUUCAUAGGAAUCUUUGAUAUCACGAGGUGAGUAUCUAUCCAGAUUCUCAUGUUCUAUAAAAAGUGGCAUUCGACCAGUUAUUUCCAUAUAUCACAUUCUUGGUGGGAUUUUUAUUUAUUUUUUAAUCAAAUACUUCAUUACACCAGUUCUGGUUACAUCAUCUCUCAUUAUAUUUAAAAUAAUUUCAAUGAAAUUGGUGUAA